GUCAUGUAGUCGGUGUUCCUUGUAGACAGAUGCACUUGCAUUGUCAGCCUACAACGGGAUAUCGGGACAUUGUCUACUUAUUAAUGAUGACUGAAGCCCCCGUUAAAGACUAUAAGCACACUGAGAUCUAGCUAAAUGUUAUCCGUCAAGCCUAUGUUAGGGGAAUAAAGCAGCUUAAAGACAUGUUUGAGAAUUUCAGAGAGAGACUGCAAACGGUGCAGCAGGAUUUCACAUCAGGAAUCAAGACCUUGAGUGACAAAUCCAAGGAGGCUAAAGUAAAGAAGAAACAGAGAAGAGAUGAGCACCUUCCCCAAUAUUCUGCUGGAGUGGAGCUACUCAGUCGGUAUGAAGACACUUGGGUGGCUCUUCACAAACGAUCCAAAGAGUGUGCCAAGGCUGGGGAAACUUUGGAUGGGGAGGUAGUGAUGCUGUGUGCACAUUGGGAGAAGAGACGAGGAGCAGUGCUGGAGCUACAGGAACAACUGCAGCAGAUCCCUGCUUUCCUCUCAGACCUGGAGACUGUCACCUCACGUAUAGCUCAUCUGGAGGCUGAUUUUGAGGAAAUGGAGAGUCGUCUGAUGUAUCUGGACGAUUUGUGUGCUCAAUGUGAACAUCAACGCUUCAAACACUUUCAGAUACUUCAGCUGGAAAGCUACAAGAAGAAAAAAAGGAAAGAACUUGAGUCUUUGAAAGCAGAGCUCGGUGCAGAACAUGCCCAGAAAGUGUUGGAGAUGGAGCAUGCACAGCAGGUCAAGCUAAAGGAGAGGCAGAAAUACUUUGAGGAAGCAUUUCAGCAAGACAUGGAGCAGUACCUCUCUACAGGAUACCUCCAGAUCACUGAUAGGAGAGAUCCAAUAGGCAGUUUGUCCUCAAUGGAGGUGAAUGUUGAUCUGCUGGAACAAAUGGAUCUUACAGAUGUGUCUGACCAUGAGGCACUUGAUGUCUUCCUCAGCUCGAUUGGUGAAGAGAACCGUGCUCCAUCUCCUGACACAGGUGGCCCAGCUCUGGAAACUGGCACAUCCCCAUCAGAGAACAGUCUGAAAGUGCCCACUCAGACAGAGCUACGGCACACUGCCUCCUCAAUCUCCUCCUGCACUGAUACUAUCAGCGGUGUGACUGAGGGUCCGGAUGAUGAAGAGGAUGCCAGCGAGGAAAGCUGCAGUGGAGAAUCCCCAUUGGUUCAGUCAGAUGAGGAGGAGGUACAUGCUGACACAGCCCUCAUGGGUCUCCCGGAAACAGAAGAGCCGCUCAAGAGCUCUGACGACAGCGACACACAGGCCCCCUAGUGGCCAUGGAGGGGAAGUGUGCUCAGUUCAAGCUGGUUUUCCAAGAUGAAACGUGUUUUUACAUCAGAUAGUGAUAGAGAGUGUUGGUGUAACAAGUGAGGCUGAAGAGCAACGAGAAACUGAACAUUUCUUCAUGGCUUAGUGUGGCACUGUUUGUCCUCAGCCUAGAGAGCAGCUCUUCAGACUAAAAGCACUGUGAUUUUUGUUUCAUUCUUUCCCAUAAAAAUCUAUACAAUUUAUGAUACAGUUCUUCGUAUGAUAUGCAAAACCUGCUGCUUUAGAAUUAUAUCGAAAAUAAUAAACAUUUUACAGUGUUCCUGCUAAUAUCACUGAUAUACUGUACGUUGCAUGAAUUUGUAAUGCGAAGCUCAUUUUUUCAUAUUAUAUAAUUGAGCCUACUUAAAGAAUGCACUGAAAUAAAAUAUACCUUGAAAUAAGAUGAACCUCA